UCCUGCAGUCCGUGAGUUCGCUCAGCCCGCACUGCUGCCCGGCGGUGCCAGCCCGGUGCCAGCCCGGUGCCAGCCCGGUGCCCGGCCGUGUGCCCGCAUGUCCGCCCGCAGCCGUGCCCCGCUCCGCCUCCGCUCAUGCCCCGCCGGCAUCGCACGCCCGCGGGUCUCCGUCUGUCUGUCUGUCCGUCUGUGCGUGCACAUGAGAAGAGAGGAGCGAGGGGAGGCGAGACCGUCCCGUUUGUAGGAAGUGCCGGCAGCCGGUGCGAAGCGUGAGCGAAAACUCUGCCAUCUCUCGGGCUGCUGCGAGUGGACAGACCACCUCACAUAAUGCCAUCUUUUGAUGAGGUUUUGAAGGAGGCCGGGGAAUUUGGAAGAUUUCAAAAGAGGGUCUUUUUCCUCCUUAGCCAGACAGGCAUAACUUUUUCUUCCCUGUUCGCCAGCGUAGUUUUCCUUGGGCGAGCGCCAGGCAACUUCUGGUGCAGGAUCCCUGGGGCGGCUGAAUUGAGCGAACGAUGUGGCUGGACACUGGAAGAGGAGCGAAACUUCACGGUACUGCCCCUGCACCUGGGGAACGAGUCCGUCACCGGGCAGUGCGAGAGGCUGGAUGUCACCUGGGACGCCUCUGCCAGCUGCAGCAGCCCGCUCGGCCGCGAUGGCAAUCGCAGCGCGGGCAGCCGGCCGCUCGCCCCGUGCCACGGUCACUGGGUCUAUGAACAGCCCCGCUCGUCCAUUGUCAGCGAGUAUGAUCUGGUGUGUGGCAAUGCCUGGAUGCUGGAUCUCUCACAGGCCAUCCUCAAUCUGGGGUUCCUGGCUGGGGCAUUCAUCUUGGGCUAUGCUGCUGACAGAUAUGGCAGAAUCCUCAUCUACCUGCUCUCCUGCCUUGGGGUUGGGAUAUGUGGUAUCAUAGUGGCAUUUUCACCAAAUUUUACUGUGUUUUUGAUCUUCCGGUUUCUCCAAGGCAUGUUUGGCAAGGGAACCUGGAUGACAUGCUACGUGAUUGUGACGGAGAUCGUUGGUUCCGAUCAGCGGAUGGUUGGAAUUGUGAUUCAGAUAUUCUUUACCCUGGGAAUUAUAAUUCUCCCUGGAAUUGCAUACUUGAUUCCCACCUGGCAGGGGAUCCAGCUGGCCAUUUCACUGCCCAACUUCCUCUUCCUGCUCUACUAUUGGGUGGUUCCUGAAUCUCCACGUUGGCUCCUGACACGCAAAAAAGGAGAGAAGGCAUUGAAAAUCAUGCGCAGCAUUGCAAAACACAAUGGGAAAUUUCUCUCACCCCAUUACUCAGAGAUCACUAUUAGCAACGAGGAGGUCAGCAACCCCUCCUUUCUGGACCUGGUGAGGACUCCCCAGAUGAGGAGGAACACACUCAUCCUGAUGUAUGCCUGGUUCACGAGUGCCCUUAUCUACCAAGGGCUUGUCAUGCGCCUGGGAAUUAUCGGAGGAAACCUCUACCUGGACUUCUUCAUCUCAGGAGCUGUGGAGCUGCCCUCUGCUUUCCUCAUUAUAGUGACAAUGGAUCGCAUUGGCCGGCGCCUGCCCUUUGCCAUGGGCAACAUCGUGGCGAGUGUGGCGUGCCUCAUCACUGCCUUCCUGCCAGAAGAUAUCCCAUGGCUCAAAACAACAGUUGCCACGCUGGGAAGACUGAGCAUCACAAUAGCUUUUGAAGUUGUCUAUCUAGUGAACAGUGAAUUGUACCCUACAACACUGAGAAACUUUGGUGUUUCCCUGUGUUCAAGUCUGUGUGAUCUUGGUGGGAUCAUAGCCCCAUUCCUGCUUUUCCGAUUAGCAGCCAUUUGGUUGGAGCUACCUCUAGUUAUUUUCAGUAUUCUUGCAGCUGUCUGUGGCAUCCUAGUAUUGCUUUUACCAGAGACAAAGGGAAUCUCAUUACCAGAGACAGUGGAGGAUGUGGAGCAGCUUCCAAGUCAUUUUGGAAAAUGUGGCAAGAAACGGAAACACCGGGACACCAACUCUUAUAUUUGACUUUUGAAGGACAGCACUGAGCUAAGAACUUUGUUCCCAUACUGGGAAUUUGUUCUCCACCUGCCACCACUUCAAAAUUUGCUGCAGAAUAUGGAUUAAACUUCAUGUUUUCCCUCUAAGGACAAGGACAUUUAAUACAAGUAGUGUAUUUUUCUAUGAAUAUGGAAUAAAUACUUUUUUUUUUUUGAGUAUGA